AUGGAACUUUUCGCAGGGAAAAACGAAGAGCCAAAAGAGGAGCAGAACUCUGUUGAGGACACCCCAAAACCUGGACAUUUAGCAGUUGGUGAGAAUGCUGAAGAUCUCUGGAACUCCAACACCCGGUGUUCAAUUUCCUCAGGGAUAUGUAAAGAAUUCAACUUAGGGCCUGGACAAGCAGUGUUUUUAUGUACUCUGGCUUUCUUCAGAAAACCUCAGACUUCCAUUCAUUGUUCUGUUCAAUUCCGUCCUUGCAUUGAUAUACACAAGGGUAAAGUGAAACAAAUUGUUGGAUCAACCCUUCAAGAUUUAAAGGGGGAUGGGUCUAAUCCUGUGACCAAUUUUGAAUCUGAUAAGUCAGCGGCUGAGUAUGCUGAUCUUUAUAAAGAGGAUGGGCUUACUGGUGGUCAUGUAAUUAUGCUUGGAGCAGAUCCUUUAAGCAAAGCUGCUGCCUUAGAGGCAUUACAUGCUUAUCCAGGCGGUCUGCAAGUUGGAGGUGGAAUAAAUUCUGACAAUUGUUUGAGUUACAUUGACGAAGGAGCAAGCCAUGUCAUUGUCACAUCUUAUGUAUUUAACAAUGGACAAAUGGAUCUCGAGAGGCUCAAAGAUCUUGUACGAAUUGGUGGAAGACAGGGGCUUGUGUUGGAUCUCAGCUGCAGAAAAACGGUUGGGAAUUGAUGAAGAGCUUGUGGCUUUGUUUGGCAAGAAUUCACUGAUUUCUGUCACCUAUGCUGGUGGUGUUACUGAGAUGGCUGAUCUGGAGAGGAUCAAAAUGGCUGGAUUGGGACGUGUGGAUGUUACAGUGGGAAGUGCAUUGGAUACUUUUGGGGGGAACAUAGCUUAUAAGGAUGUUGUGGCUUGGCAUGCUCAGCAACAUGCCUUAAUGGUUUAGUUGGUAUGGCUGGGAUGUGCUUAAGGGUGAGCUGGUAUUAUGUUUAAUUGAUUCUCUUUAUUUGACUAUUUAUCUAGACAUUUUUCAUGAAUUAAUCUGGAACUUGGAUCCAGACACUCACUAUUUCAUUGGCCUCUGCUCCAAUCUCAGUUUCAGCUGUCAUCUGUUCCAGAGAUUUUGUCAUGAUAAUUAUUGGGCUGUUUCGGUCAACAAUAUAUCCAUUAGUUAUUGAUAAAGUAAAAUGAUAUUAUACAAUCCAUGUAAUUGACCCUAUUUAGUGGGAUAAGAUUUGUUUGUAAGAGGCUAACGCUUGUGCCAAGUGUUGUUGUCUAGAGUCGAUGCUUUUGGGCGGUAGUAAUCUUUUGGAUAGAGAUGUUUAUAUAUAUUCUAACUAUUUGGCUA